UGGAUCAUCUGGUCUUCACAGAUAUCUGCAGCCAGAAUAGCAAAUCAAGGAGCACAGUUGGAAACGUGGAAAUGUUUUUGAUACCUCUACUUAAUGUUUUGUAGCUGAUUCCUGGACAUUUGUAAAGUUGGUGACAUCUUACCCAGCUUCCCAGAUCCUUAUGGAUGAUACAUUUAAGAUGCCUUCUUCACUUGGUGAGAACAUAUCAGAUGUGGAAUUCCAUCAUGUUCUGCUGUCUAAUGGGACAUCCAUGGUGGGCAACGAGACUGCUACCAACGACACCAUCCCAUUCAAUUUCACCAGAGCUAUAAUUCUUGGAUUCACCCUUGGUGCCUUCAUAUGUGUUGCCAUAGUGGGGAAUAUUAUGGUUAUAAUAUCUGUGGUGACCAACAGACACCUUAGAAUUCCCACCAACUGUUUGAUUGUGAACCUAGCCAUAGCUGACUCCUUGUUGAGCACCACGGUGCUGCCAUUCUCUGCAACUUUAGAGAUACUAAGUUACUGGGUGUUUGGGAGAAUAUUUUGUGACAUAUGGGCUGCCAUGGAUGUCCUGUGCUGUACUGCUUCUAUUUUCAGUUUAUGUGCUAUCUCCAUAGACAGAUACAUUGGGGUACGUUAUACCCUUCAGUACCCCACCAUAGUGACCAAAAAACGUGCUAUUUUGGCUAUGUUGUGUGUUUGGAUCUUAUCCACAGUUAUUUCCAUUGGACCAUUGUUGGGCUGGAAACAACAAGCUCCAUCUGAUGAACAUGUCUGUGAUAUAACAACCGAGCCAUUCUAUGCCAUCUUCUCCUCUUUGGGUUCAUUCUACAUCCCGUUGAUAGUCAUCUUGGUGAUGUACACCAGGGUCUACGUGGUGGCCAAGAGAAUAACCAAGAAUCUGGAAGCAGGUGUGAUGAAAGAAAGGAUGAACUCUCAGGAGUUGACCAUGAGGAUCCACUGCAGGAACAUGCAUGAAGACUCCAACAGCAACAGCAAGGAAAAAAGUAAUCAUCCUCGAAGUUCCUUAUCUGUUAAAUUGCUGAAAUUCUCCAGAGAGAAGAAGGCAGCUAAGACCUUGGGUAUUGUGGUUGGCCUGUUCAUCCUGUGCUGGCUCCCAUUUUUUACAGCUCUGCCUCUUGGUUCAAUAUUCAAACAGCUGGAGCCCCCGUUAACAGUUCAGAAGGUUAUAUUUUGGCUCGGGUAUUUCAACAGUUGCAUCAACCCAAUUAUUUACCCCUGCUCCAGCAAGGAGUUCAAGAGAGCCUUCAUUCGCAUCCUCAAGUGCCAGUGGGGUAGCAGAAGACAGCCUGGUCUGAGAAGGUCUCAGUACUGUCCCCGGAACAGCAGUAAUUUCAACAGUUCCCGGAAGGAUUCCAUGGAUGAGAGCAAACAAUUUAUAAAUGGAAGCCAGAGGACAAUCUUGUCUAGUGCCUCAAGUCCCAGUUAUAAAAUCAGUCACACCAAGGAAAACAGAACUCAUGAUUGGAAAUAUUGUAACAAUCAAGAAGACCUUGGUCAGAGUCAAAGUAAGGUCCAGGAGCCUACAAAACAAGAGGACUCCUCUAGUGUCUUCACUUUCCAGACUUCUCCUGAAUUUGGUGGAGCUAUCUCAGACACAACCAUGCAGCAAAAUGGUAGUUAAGGAGUAACCCUCAGGUCUGCCGAAAGGUUAUGGAAAAAAAACCAUAUGGAAUGGUUUAGGGUUGCGGCCUUUCCGUUUGUAGAUGGUAUUUAUAAUUGUACGGGAUGCUUUUUUAAGUCCUCUGUAUAAUUUAUGAAUAGGAGGAAAAUAUUUUAACGACGGGUUUAAAAGUUUACGUUCUGCCUUUGAAAUGCUAAGCUUUGUUAUUUUAAUAAAAAGUAAAAACAAUACAUAUUGUGACCUCAAUUAAAAAAAAAAAUAGGCACUCUACACAAGUAAACAGGUAUAGAUUGUGCCCAUAGGAAUAUAGUGAUGCAUGCAAUCGGCCGGCCAGAAAUGCUUCUGAAAGGCUUUAAACGCAAGGAUAACUUAAAACAGGAAUUUUAACUACGUGACUAAAAA